AUGGCGCGUAGCGUAUUAGGCCAGAUCGUGCCCCUCGUAAUCCUUUUCGUCAUCAUCGGAAUCGCUGCCGUCGUCGGCUACUUCAUCUACCUGAGCGCACAAGAGAUUGGCGCCUCGGCCUCUGAGCGCAUGGGCAAGAAGAAUGUCGUCUUUACCAAGGACGGCGUUCGCGUCGGAGUCAAAUAUGUCGAGAACGACAACUACGUAUCGAAGACACAGCGCUUGUUUGUGAAGGCUUGGAAUCUUGGGAGUGAAGAGGUUGAAGCCCAGGCGAAGGCCAAGAAACAAUAG